AUCGCUUCCUAGUUUUCAGAAUAUUCGAUAUUAAUCGGCUUUUAAUUUUCAGAAUUCACAACUAUCAUUUUCGAAACUUAUAGUCAAAGGAGAGACAAAUCCAAGAGAUACAUUUACCCGCUCAGAGUUUCUCCAUUGAAUUUAGUUUUCGAGUCUGCAAUGUCUUCUCCUGCUGAAUACUACCAAUCUCUUCCACCUAUAAGCAAGGUUUAUGGGACUUUGUGCCUGCUCUUCACUGCAGCCUAUCAACUUGGAGUAUUUGAUGUGGUGCAUAUUGCAUUGAUAUAUAGACUUGCAUUCUCACGGUUUCAGGUAUGGAGGCUUAUUACAAACUUCUUUUUCCUUGGAAAAUUUUCUAUCAAUUUUGGAAUUCGCCUUUUAAUGAUAGCGAGAUAUGGCGUUCAACUUGAAAACGGACCGUUUAACAGACGUACUGCAGAUUUCUUGUGGAUGAUGAUCUUUGGAGCCUUUUCGAUGCUGGUGCUAGCUGCCAUCCCUAUAUUUUGGACCCCUUUUUUGGGGAUAUCACUCGUGUUCAUGCUUGUCUAUGUCUGGAGUAGAGAAUUCCCGAAUGCCCAGAUCAACAUAUAUGGUCUCAUGACUCUUAAGGCAUUUUAUCUCCCAUGGGCAAUGCUUGCUUUAGAUGUCAUUUUUGGCUCCCCCAUCAUGCCAGAUCUGCUGGGGAUUAUUGCAGGGCAUCUAUAUUACUUUUUGACUGUGCUGCAUCCACUUGCAACUGGAAAGACCUUACUGAAGACUCCAAGAUGGGUACAUAAACUGGUGGCAAGGUGGAGAAUAGGAGCUCCAGCCCCAACAAACAAUCGGGUGGAACCUGAAAGAACAACUGGUGUGGCUUUUAGAGGGAGGUCAUACCGACUAAGUGAUUAGUUAUGCUCCUCAAUUGACUGUUUCUGGAUCAUCACAUUAGCUUUUGCAACUUCCUCAUCAUUUUAUUCAGAUGAUGCAGCUAACAUGGAGUAAAUUUUUUAAAAUUCAGUCCUCUGGCAUUAUGUGGAGUUUCUUACUGCUGAAUCAACAAAUCUAUAUUUUUUGUGUACUAGCAAAGCCAGAGUUUCUCUUGGAGCUGCCACUUUUCAGAUUUCAAGAAAAGUUUGGCUUGCUAGUUACUGUUAUAUUUAUCUUAAUGUAUUUAACUGAUUUCUUCUGUGUUAGUUUUUAGAAUUUAAUUAAUUCCUGUAUCUUUUAUUAUUUUA